CGCAGCUACCUGCUCAGCGUGCGGCCCGAGACCAGCUUCUCAAGCAACCGGCUGUCUCUCCCCAGCUCUGGAAGGAGCACCUUCUGCUCCAUCAUCGCUCAGCUAACAGAGGAGACCCAGCCACUCUUCGAGACCACGCUCAAGUCCCGGGCUGUGUCUGAGGACAGCGACGUCAGGUUCACCUGCAUCGUCACAGGCUACCCGGAGCCAGAGGUGACCUGGUACAAGGAUGACCAGCAGCUGGACCGCUACUGCGGCUUGCCGAAGUACGAGAUCACACACCAGGGCAACCGCCACACGCUGCAGCUCUACAGGUGCCAGGAGGAAGAUGCGGCCAUCUACCAGGCGUCCGCCCGGAACACCAAGGGCAUCGUGUCCUGCUCGGGGGUCCUGGAGGUCGGCACCAUGACCGAGUACAAGAUCCACCAGCGCUGGUUCGCCAAGCUGAAGCGCAAGGCAGCGGCCAAGAUGCGCGAGAUCGAGCAGAGCUGGAAGCCCCGGAAGGAGGCGGCCGGGGACGCGGACGCGCUGCGCAAGCUCAGCCCCGACCGCUUCCAGCCCCCGACGGCCCCCGAGGGCGCGGCCCGGGAAGGGUAUUUCUCCCUGAAGGACCUGUACCUGGAGAGCACCCGGGGCGGCAGGCCCCCGGGGGAGCAGGGGCCCCACACCCCAAGGGGCAGGGCGCCGGGAGAGCUGUCGUCCGGGAAGGCGCCCUGCAAGGCUGGGGGUGAGCGGGCGCCCACCGGCCCCGGCCAGCCGGCCGCCUCGGCCCCGCAGCCAGCCAGGCCUUUCAACAGGAGGAGGUUUGCCCCUCCGAAGCCCGGAGGGGAGCCAGCCGCCAGCGGCGAGCCGGAGUCUGCCCCGGGCCAGGCUCCAGAAGCCUCAGGCAAGGCCUCAGCUCAGGCCUCUGCCCAGGUGCCCACGCCCCCUGCCCGGAGGAGACACAGCACCCGCGACAGCCCCUUGCAGGGGCAAGGAGGCCCCAGGACUCCAGGAGAGGUCCCGGAAUCCCCGGAGAAGCCGGCUCCGGCCAUGCCGGCCAGUAGCAGCGCUGGUACGGCCUCUGCUGGUCACAGCUCCUCCAGAAGCCAGGGCGCCAUCGAGCCCAUGGACACAGAGACCCAUGCGGAUCAGAGGACAGCAUCUGCUGACCAGCAGCCUGGAGGCAAGAAGAAUACAGAAACAGAUGGGAAGAUGCAGGUGGCCAGGAGGACCCAGAGGACACAGGCAGAUAGGGAGCCCCAGGUGGGCACCGCACUACAGGACGGGGAGAGGACAGCGUCAGCCAGGAGUUCCCAGGAUGCUGCGGUGGCACCGGGAAGGGCAGGAGCCCAGGAGGAAAGGACGCAGGCAGAGAGGAAGACGCAGGCAGACGAGAAGACGCAGGCAGACAGAAGGACCCAGGAGGACAAGGGGACACAGUCGGAAGGGAGCAGAGCCACAGCCACAGAAGGUCAGUCAGAGCAGGGAUCCGUGACCAGCCUCAGCCCACAGGCCAGACCCCCUGGACGGCCGCCGUCAGAAGGUCCGCAGUCUCCUCCGAUCACUGAGGGUUUCGAGCAGACCCCAGAAGGGUCCUCUCUCCCGGAAGACCCUGGUUUUGUGCUCAGAUCCGAGGAGGCGGCAGUCACAGCACCCAGAAGCUACGAGACGGCUGUGCUGGGCACCCCGGCAGGGGGCCCUGAGCUCCAAGCACAGUGGCCUCCCCAGGGGGGUUCGGAGCAGCCGGGAGGGGUGAGACACCAAGGGCUGGAGUGGUCAGGCCUGGGCAGGGGCAAGCCAGAGGAUGGCCUCAUCCCGUGCCCCAAGGAGGAGCAGCUGGGGACAGUGCUGUCCGUGGGUGUGGGAGGCUGUCCUCCGGCUCGCAGGAGCCCAGAGGCGCCCUCUCUCCCUGGGCCGGGCCUGACCCAGAGCCCUCAAGAGGUGCUGCCCAGCACUCAGUGCAUAAGUGCCACCGCCUUCACGCCCUCUGGGGACCAGGCUGUGCUGAGGUCAGCCCCGCCACUGCACCUGGGGCCAGGGACCCCUGCCCAGAGUCCCCCACAAGCAACUGCGGCAGCUGGCAGCGAAGGGGCCCACGCCCAGGGGCCAGAUGUGGAAGGGAGGCCCCCAGGACCCCGCAGCUGCGACCCCGGCCUCAUCGACUCCCUGAAGAACUACCUGCUCUUGCUGCUGAAGCUGUCCAGCACAGAUGCGGGGGGCGGGGGCACAGGCUCCCAGGAGGGCCCUGCCAGCGGGGCCCCCAUGCCCUCAUCCACGCUGGCCCCCCACGUGGAAGUGGCCGGCCUGAGCCCCAGGACGUCCAGGCGCAUCCUGGAGCGCGUGGAGAACAACCACCUGGUGCAGAGCGCGCAGACGCUGCUGCUGAGUCCCUGCACCUCCCGCCGCCUCACCGGCCUCCUGGACCGCGAGGUGCAGGCUGGCCGCCAGGCCCUGGCCGCCGCCCGGGGCCCCCUCACCGUCCCUGCCAUCGUGGUGGGCGAGGGCGAGCUUUCCCUGGAGGGGCCUGGGCUCCUGGGUGCGUCCCGGGACAGCGGCGUGGGGGGGCCGCCGGGGGGUGCAGUGGGGCACGUGGCCUCGGGGCAGGGACCACUCUCAGCAGACAGAGGGGCCCAGGAAGCCACCCGAGAGGAGGAGGCCCCCGGGGAGGCUCUGACGGGUCUCCCUGCGGCCACACCCGAGGAACUAGCUCUGGGGGCCCGCAGGAAGCGGUUCCUCCCCAAGGUCAGAGCCGUAGGGGAUGGGGAGGCAGCCAAGCCCGAAGAAAGGGAGAGCCCCACGGUUUCCCCUCGGGGACCCAGGAAGGGCCUGGCACCCGGCUCCCCGGGGACUCCCGGGCGGGAGAAACGCUCCCCUACUCAGGGCCGGAAGGCAGGUCUGCUGGAGGUGCCGCGGGCAGAGGAGGAGCCGGUGGCCGGAGAGCUGGGCUCCAGCCCCAAGGCCGGCGGCCUGGACACGGAGCUGGCCCUGGACGAAGGCAAGCAGGACGCCCUGGGCAAAGCCAGGAAGGCCAAAGAGCUGCUAAAAGCCCCACAGGUGAUCCGGAAGAUUCGGGUGGAGCAGUUUCCAGAUGCCUCCGGCAGCCUGAAGCUCUGGUGCCAGUUUUUCAACAUUCUCAGCGACUCCGUCUUGACAUGGGCCAAGGACCAGCGCCCAGUGGGCGAGGUGGGCAGGAGCGCAGGGGACGAGGGCCCCGCGGCCUUGGCCAUCGUGCAGGCGUCCCCGGUGGACUGCGGCGUGUACCGAUGCACCAUCCACAACGAGCAUGGCUCGGCCUCCACGGACUUCUGCCUCAGCCCCGAGGUGUUGUCAGGAUUCAUCUCCAGAGAAGAAGGUGAAGUCGGAGAGGAGAUCGAGAUGACCCCCAUGGUGUUCGCGAAGGGUCUGGCCGACUCGGGCUGCUGGGGGGACAAGCUCUUUGGGCGCCUGGUGAGCGAGGAGCUGCGAGGGAGUGGACACGGGUACGGCCUUCGGAAGGCCUCCCAGGCCAAGGUCAUCUAUGGGCUGGAGCCCAUCUUCGAGUCAGGCCGCACGUGCGUCAUCAAGGUGUCCAGCCUGCUCGUGUUCGGGCCCAGCAGUGAGACUUCUCUCCUGGGCAGAAACUACGACGUCACCAUCCAGGGAUGCAAGAUCCAGAACAUGAGUCGGGAGUACUGCAAAAUCUUCGCGGCUGAAGCCCAGGCCGCCCCCGGCUUUGGGGAGGUGCCCGAGAUCCUCCCGCUGUACCUCAUCUACCGGCCUGCCAACAACAUCCCGUAUGCCACCCUGGAGGAGGACCUGGGCGCGCCCCUGCAGCCCUGCUGCUCGCGGGAGUGGGGCUGCGCGGCGCCCCCCGAGGCGGCCGGCCGCGCCGAGGUCAGGCAGAAGUGCCAGACCUUCCAGCACUGGCUCUACCUGUGGACAAACGGCAGCUUCCUUGUCACGGAUCUGGCAGGGGUUGAUUGGAAGAUGACUGAUGUGCAGAUUGCUACCAAACUACGAGGAUACCAAGGCCUCAAGGAGAGCUGUUUCCCUGCCCUGCUGGACCAGUUUGCGGCUUCCCACCAGUGCAACGCCUUCUGUGAGAUGCUAGGGCUAAAGCCCCUCAAGGGCCCCGAGGCCGCCCACCCUCAAGCCAAGGCCAAAGGCUCCAAGAGUCCAUCUACUGGCAGGAAGGGCAGCCAGCUGAGUCCUCAGCCACAGAAGAAAGGCCCCCCCAGUCCUCAGGGCACCCGGAAGAAUACUCCAAGCUCCAAGGCCCCCCCUCAGGCCUCAGAGGCACUCACAGCCCAGUUCCUGGGACAGCCUCCCAUCCAAGAGGGCGGCCCCAAGGCCCAGGGCAUGCGGUAGCCCCCACGGGAGGCUGGAGGCCUCCACCCAGCAGCAGACCAACAAGGCAGCAGCUCGACCUGCUGGAGACUUGCCCAAGAUGGAACUAACCGGAGAGGGUGCAUGGGGGAGGCACCGCUCGGGGGCCGCUCCUCAAUCCGCUCCUCAUCCGAUGGCUUUUGUGCGUGGCACCCAGCGGCCUCUCCUGGUGCCAGCGACACCCAGCGCUCCCAGGCCGCACUCCCAAGUGCCUGGUGGCCCAGGCCCUCCUUGAAGUUUACACUGGCCACUGCCGGAGGAGGCCGAGUCCCGUGCAUGAGCUCCGCCCCCAGCCCCCAGCCCGCCACUGGCGCCACUGCCGUGAGUGUUGUUCCCUGGCGGCCCAUGGGCCGGCCUUUCCCCUUUCCGCUUGGCCCCCAGCUGUCCUCGGGGCUCCGGACCGCCCGCCGCACCACGCCCGGCCUGGCAACUCAGGGUGUCUUCUCUUCCAGCUCCUUGGCCUCAUCUUCCCAGCUUGUCUUGCAACUAACCUGUCACUGAGCCCAGAUGGGGCUCGGCGCCCUUCCGGAGCCUGUCGUGUUCUUGUGCCGUGGUCUUUGGUGACGUGUGUUCACACCCUCCCUUCUCCCAGCACGCAGACACUCCCACCCCUGCCCCCUCUGCUCCCAGGCCCCCCGUCUCCAGCCCCAGCUGGGCGCCCGGUCACAGCCUGCCGCCUUGCCUCCACUGCCUCUCCGCGCGUCCCCACGGCCAGGGGCUGCACCAGCCAGAUCCCGCACCCUCCCCAGCAGCCCACCCUCCCCUCCUCUCCCAGGCCCGUCGCCCGAGAGGCGAGAAGUGGUGUGAGGGUUGUGUCGUUGGCUGUGGCCAGAGGAGAGGUGUAGACUUGGAGGGCUCUUGUGCUCCAGACUGAAAGGAGGCGCAGUCACAGUGGAUUUCACAUCCCUUCUAGACCAGGGACGGAGGGCUAGGCCCUUCUCCGUGGGGAGUGCCCUUGGGAGUCCCAAGAAGGGUGAAGUUUCCGCUGCAUGCUUGGGGGGAGGGGUCUCCAGGACACCUGCCCCCAGCCCUUAGCUCUCGAUCCUGGGGCUCCGGAGGAAUUGCUGCGCUUGGCCCAGCCCCCUGGGUCCUUCCCGAGGGCCCCUCCUGGAGGCCCGGGCGGAGUGGGUCCCGUGCUAGCCUGCUCCCCUUGAAUGCAAUAAAGGCAGCAACUGUG